AUGAGCGAGGUGUGUGUCCGGGUGGCGGUCCGCGUCCGACCCCUCCUCCCCAGGGAGGUGCUGCACCACCACAGGGUCUGCGUCCGGGUGGUGCCCGGCUCCGCGCAGCUCAUGCUCGGCUCUGACCGCCUCUUCUCCUUCGACCACGCGUUUGGGCCGGCGGCCAGCCAGGACGACGUGUACGAGUCGUGCGUCCAGCACCUGGUGAAGGCUGCGGUGGACGGAUACAACGCCACCGUCUUCUGUUACGGCCAGACGGGCUCCGGCAAGACGUACACGCUGGGGGGGAGGAAUCCAGAUGAAGAGGGAGGACUCAUUGACCGAAUAGCCCGGGAUCUGUUUGUGUUGGUGGAGGACAAGACAAAGAGUGACGAUGCUGAGAAGGUCACAGUUCAUGUCUCGUACAUGGAGCUGUAUAAGGACGAACUCCGAGACUUGCUGGAGCUCCCCACCAUUCACAAAGAGCUUUUCAUCAGAGAGGAUGAGAGAGGAAACACAGUGGUGGCUGGAGCCAUGGAGGUGGUCGUCACCUCAGCAGAGGAGCUGUUCAGUGUUCUGGAGAUGGGAAAUGCUGUGCGUCACACUGCUGCCACGGGAAUGAACGAGCACUCCAGUCGCUCUCAUGCCAUCCUCACCCUGCAGGUCACUGUGUCUCGCCCCACCAGCAGCUCAGCGUUAACGUCCUUCCGCACCUCCAAACUCUGUCUUGUUGAUCUGGCGGGCUCAGAACGUGCUAAGAAGACCGGAAUCACUGGCAUGAGACUGAAAGAGUCUGCUCAUAUCAACAAAGACUUGCUCGCACUGGGAAACGUUAUCCGCGCUCUCUCUGACCAGAGCAGGAACCGACGUGGUAACUCCGCCGUAGGCCCAUACAUUCCAUACCGCGACUCCAAGCUCACUCGCUUCCUCCGUGAUUCCCUGGGCGGCACUGCUCACACACUGAUGGUGGCAUGUGUCAACCCCUCAAACCGUUUUGUUGCUGAGACUCUGAGCGUGCUGCAGUUUGCGUCCAAAGCUCGUAACAUUCAAAACUGCCCCGGACAGACGGAGAUCAAAUCCCAUUCGACAACCUGGCACCCCCACGAGGCUCGCUUGGGAGAGCUGGAGUAUGAAUUACAGACACUAAGAGAGCUGCUGAAAGAAAAGCAGAGGAAGGUUGAGUUGGAGAAGGAAAAGAAUGCUGAAAAUGGGGAAAGUUUCAAACAGUCCAGUCUGCUGGAUGUAUCUGAACCAGAUAAGGUGAUGAUCCAGGAGGAGCUGUCACAGUACCGCCUCUUAGCACAUGAAGGUGCACUUCUGCUUGCAGAGAUCUGUGGCUCCUCUACAAGUCAGUCUGUUAGACAGCGGGUGCAAAACUGGCAGGAGAGACUGACAGCUGUAUCUCACUCACAUGAAACUGUUAAAGGUUGUCUGGAGAGGUCUGGGGCCCAGUAUGACUAUCUGACCAUAAUUAAACGCAAAGAAGAACUCAGCAAAUACCAGGAGGCUUUACACAGAGAAAAACAGCUGUCGGAGCAGAAAGAUGCAGAACUGAGACAGGCACUGCGACAAGUUGAGGAACUUGUUCAGGAGAGAAAAGCGUACCUUAAAGCCUCAGAGGAAUACAGGAAGCAAAUCCGUCUCCAGACAGAACAACUGGUGACCCAGCAGAUUCUAAUUGGUUGCCUUCGCAGUGGUCGUAUGACCUUUGACGGGAAAUCUUCAGGCACAACAGUGGCAGCAGAUGCUUUCGGGUACUCUGAGAAUCGACCUAACAGCGUUCCAGACACAACAGACUGCAUACACAGACCUCCAAGGAAGAUCCACUCCAGCCCACCGGCCUAUUCCCUGGAGAGAGUGAUGGCAGGUUUUAAGAUGCGUGGCCAUCUCCUGCUGGCUGAGGUCGAAGAAAAGGAGGAAGUGUUCUGUCCAUUUAUACGACAGCAGGCCGAGAGCAAAGACGGGAUUCCAGAGAUCGAGGAGGAUGAGGAAGAGAAUGAUGUUCGCAUGAGCGCGACAGGAUUUAGGCAUUCUUUAAACCGAACAUGGACCAGCCAGCAGACCAGAUCAGCUCACAAUGUAGAAAUCACUGAAGAAGAUCAAGCAUGUGAUGGAAACCGAGUAAUUCAUCAGCCUCCUCAAGCUUCAGGCAUCAAGGACAACCAGGCUUCUCAAAACCAAACGAAGAAAGCGAGAGCACAAGCCAGUGCCAUCCGCAGACGAAUUCAGGAUUUGUCAGUCAAUAUGCGUAUGAAGGACGAGCUCAUCAAAGAAUUAGACAAAACUGACAAGCAAACUGAAGCAGUGUACAGAAAAGAAAGUCUCUUUAGUGAUGAUCGAGAAGCUGGUUUGUUGGCAAGACUUUCCAUGAAGAGCCAGCAGAUCCGAAAGGAGAUGUACCACAGCCUGCAGCACAUGAUGCUGCAGAAAGCACAACUUCAAACCAGCCUCGGGCAGCAAAGGCAGAUGAGUGACGACGACAAAGACCUCUACUCCAACGGGCUGCCUGAGCGGAGUUGGCUGGAGGAAGAGGAGGAGGAGAUUCUCCAGAAAAGAAUUGAGCUACAGCAACUGGAAGAGGAGCUGAGAAAGAGAGAGGAGGUACUGCAACGCAGGGAGGCCUGUCUGCAACAGAAAAGCAAACUGGAAAUGAAAAUGCUCCGCUCCAGUCAGGCUCUGACUCAGGACUUUUCGCGUGUGUCGAUGCAGUUGGAGUCUCUGGAGCAGCAGCUUCAGAGAGGCAGAGAAGGAGUUACCGUCCAGGAACUGGAGAAAGAGAGAGACUUGCUGAAAAAGCAAAGAGACAAGCUGGACGAUCAGUUGAGGGACAAUAGAGUGCUAUCUACAGAGGAGGAGUACUGCCUCCAUCAGCUGGAGGAGGCUAUAGAAGCUCUCGAUACUGCAGUUGAAUUUAAAAACAACUCCAUCCGGGAAAAAGAGAGGAAACUGCUGGUGACAGAGUCGGAGUCGCAUCAGUCACAAAGUGUUGAACCCGCUCAACUCAGUGUUGUGAUCAGGAAGCUGCGGGAGCUCUCACAACCUGAGGCUCUGGAGCUGCUCAUCAAAUACUUCAACAAGGUUGUCUGUCUUCGAGAGACCGAGUGUCACUUGCGUCUGCGUUGUGAGGAGUUGGAGCUCCAUGCCAGAGAGCAAGAAGAAGUCCUCAGAGAGAUGGAGACCACCAUGCGACGUCUGACCCUGGAUACAGACCGCAGGUUCACUCAGCAGCACAGAGAUCACCUGAACACCGUCCAGCUGCUGCUGCAGAAACUCACCGAGGGUGUUUCAGAAGAGGCACAGCAGGCUAUGCAAGACAGGCUGCAGCAACUGGAGAAAGAGCUGUUUUUCUACAAAAGCUCCAGCCGGCAGCUGAAAAAGAAACUCAGAGAGAUCGUCAGUGAUGCUUCACACUCUGACAGUCAGUCCGCACAAACACUUGAGCGCAGACAAAUGCAGUCAAAACGUGGAAGCACAAAUGUUCCCAAGUCCCCAACCGAUGAGGCGCUGGCAAAAACACAUGUUGCAACAACACACACAAAAGUACAAGCUGAACAGACAGACUAUGACACACAUAAAAGCAAGCAUGCGCAACACACACAGCCCCUUUUCCUUUCUGCAGCGUUCGGAAGAACCAGAGUGUCUGAAGGUAGCCAGAUAGAGUCAGAAUCUCCGGGGAGGAGUGUAGGAGGUCGUCAAGGGGAAAGCGUGGCGAUGACACCAGUUCGCUUGAGUCGCAGAGAGCUGAGACUGAUUUCAGCUCCUGAGCUGCAGCUCACCAGUUCAGGCACGAGGAGGCCACAGUCGAUUGUGGACUCCAGUACAGAGACAAUAGUUGAGGACUCCAUAGAGGUACCCAGAAAUAUAUGAUAUUGCUUCAUAGGUAAUACUCAUGCGUCAU